CUUUAUUAGUAAUAAAUGAACAAGCCAGCAAAGUUUGUGGUUAUUUUAUACGAUAUCCUAGAAGUAAAAUGCAUCUCACUAACAUAAAUUAGUAAGAACAAUUUAGGACUUCUAUUUGCUGGACAAAAGACGGAAAAGCCUUUUAGAUUUUAAGAAUUCCCGAAUUUUAAAGCAAUAUUAUGGAAGAAUUUUUUAAUACGUAGAAUUUUUAAUCUUUUUUACGACAGCUUAGUUUAUAUGGAUUUAAAAUGAAAAAAAAUGAAAAAAAUUAGAAAAUCUAUAAUCAUCCUAUGUUUUUUUAAGGAAACUAGUAUAUUUUGAGAGUAUUUUAGUUAAGAACUCUAUAAAAUUUAAAGAAGAAAAAAGCCAAAAGACAAUCAAGACUAAUAUUUUGAUGGCACUUCACCUUAAAUAUCAAUAAAUAAUAUGAAACAUCAAUUAGAAGUUUUGAGAAAAUAGUAACAAUAAUUACUUAAAUAAAUGAGAAUUUAGUUUUAAAUAUAGUUUCUUAUAGCAAAAAAAAUAAAUGCAAUUGUUGAUGUAUUUAUUUUUAUUAAAUAUUUUAAGUAUUUUAAUGAAAAUUAUACAAAUGAACAAAGAAAAUAAAUAUAUGAAAGACCUAUGCAUUUAUUAUUCUAAUUGAUAUUUGGACAUAAGCCAGAGUUUGCUAGUAAUUUAUUGGAACCAUUAUAUGAAGAUAUAAUUGGAUAGAUAUCACCCUUUUCUGAAAAUUCAUGUUCUCCUAUUUAAUUCACAAAAUUUUUAUGA